AUGUUGUCGGCGUUCCGUGCGCAGCCCAUCUAUGAGCUCAAACAACAGGACAAGUCCAAGAUCGAGUCGGUCUUAGCAUAUGGCGACCGUCUUCUCGUAGGCCUCAGCACAGGUACACUCCGUAUAUACCGUGUCAAUGAAAUCGCCGAAGCUGGUCAAGAUGCGACACCCUCAAAGACACGCGCCGUCGAUUUGGUGCGUGAGGAAGAGAAGUUCUCAAGGAAGGCAAUACAACAAUUGGCUAUAAUCAAGGAAGCAAACAUUCUGGAGAAGCUGGACAAGACCAAGGGCGCAACCGCCUUUGCCGUCACCUCCAAUGUCAUCAAGGACCCCGUCACCGAUAUCCCUUCGCUCGUCUCUCGUCUCGCCGUUGCUGUCAAGCGUCGCAUCCUAUGGUGGAGUUGGCAAGAUAUGGAAUUGUCCCCUGAGGUCCAAGAGAUAACAUUACCACAUUCGCCAAAGUCGCUGCUAUGGGCUACCGGUACCAAGAUGCUCGUUGGUCUGGAUCCUGGCUUCUCAAUAGUUGAUACCGAUACUCUGGCUGUCACCGAUGUCAUGAAACAGACUCCAACUGGCAACGUCAGGUUUGGCGCUGUCACUUCUUCCGGCAUGGGUUAUAUGGGCAUGGGAAGCUGGGUACCAAAGCCUAUGGCAACGAACCUCACAAACAAUAAGAUGCUUAUAGCAAAGGAUGUCAACACCUUAUUCAUUGACACUGAUGCCAAACCUGCCGACAAACGUCAAAUACCAUGGGCUUUCGCACCUGAAGCUAUUGGUUACUCUUACCCUUACCUAUUGUCAUUGCAGCAAACUGCUAAAGGAGCUCUGGACGUGAGAAGUCCCGAUACUCUAAAUCUUCUCCAAACAAUCCCCCUUCCAGGCGCUUCGAUCCUCCACGUCCCUCAGCCUAACAUUAGCUUGGCUCACGCUGGCAAAGGCUUCCUUGUUGCUAGCGAUAGGUGCAUCUGGCGUAUGGUAGCUCUGAACUAUGAAGCUCAGGUUAAGCAGCUUGUCGAAAAGACAAAGUUUGACGAAGCCAUCAGUCUUUUGAACAUGCUGGAAGACACUUUACUCAAGGACAAACAAGGUUCCAUCAGAGAAAUUAGUAUGCUCAAAGCUCAGAACCUAUUCUCUCAGCAGAAGUAUAGACCAGCACUGGAUCUGUUUACCGAUGUUUCUGCUCCGCCAAAGCGCGUCGUCUCGUUAUAUCCCAAGUCUAUCGCUGGAGAUCUUUCGACUGUUGAGGAGGCUCCGGAACUCACUGACUCCGAAGAACCAUCUGGUGAGACUAGUGCUGCAGAGGAGAACUCAUCACAGGCCGAAGAUCAGGUCAAAACAACACAGACUCCGACCAAAUCUGUACUGGGCAAGUUUAGGCCAUCUGCAGUCAAGGAUGAUUCUGAUACUGCGUCAAUCCGAUCUUUCCGUACCACCAGCGAAGCGCCUCGCGAGAAGCCAGCCAAAGAUGCGCCACUGACUGGCUCUGAUCUGAAGGCUGCUGUCAUGGCACUCUGCUCCUAUUUAGCCCAAUCGCGUGUUCAGGUCCAAAAGUACAUGAACACAGAUGGUACACUCAAGAUCGAGUUGACCGAAGGUUUCACACCACCAUUCAGCAAUCUCAUUGAGCUUCCGGAAGGUGCUGAAAAGGUUGACUGGCAAGCAGAGUUGUUGGAGGUUGCUAAGCUGGUCGACACAACUCUCUUCCGUGCUUACAUGCUCGCUCUACCUUCACUUGCUGGACCGCUCUUCCGUCUUGACAAUUUCUGUGAUCCGCAUGUCGUAGAGGAGAAGUUAUAUGACAGCGGAAGAUACAACGACCUGAUUGACUUCCUCUACGGCAAGAAAUUGCAUCGCGAAGCUUUGGAGUUGUUGGAGAAAUUUGGCCGCAACGAGGCAGCAGAAGAAGUCAUGCCUGCUCUUAGGGGCCCUGACAGAACGAUUAGCUACCUGCAGAACCUGCCGGCCGAACUCAUCGACAUCAUUCUAGAAUUCGCAGAGUGGCCUAUCAAAGUCGACGCCCAGAAAGGCAUGGAGAUCUUUGUUGCAGAUACCAAGAAUGCUGAAAACCUGCCUAAGGACAAGGUGCUGAAGUUCUUGGUUCCAUUGGACAAGUCCCUUGCAGUGCAAUAUCUGGAACAUGUCAUAUUUGAGCUGAAUGAUAAGACUCCAGAGUUCCAUCAGAAGCUCGUGGACUUGUAUCUGGAGAAGCUGCGCGACAGAAAAGGAAACAGUGAUGAAGAAAGAAACAACGCUCGGACGAAGUUGGAAGAGUUUUUGCGUAACAGCACGCAAUACCAUAAACUCAAAACGUUCAAUCAGUUACCUGCUGAUGAUCCCGAUGUUUACGAAGCACGAGCGAUUGUGCUUUGUGCGAUGGGAAACCACAAACAGGCACUGCAGAUCUACGUCUUCCAGAUCUGCGACCACGAAAAAGCAGAAGAAUACUGCAACAAAAUCUAUCUCUCCGCAUCAGCGACUGCGCCAACACCUGUCGGUUCGAAUCCAAACACCGGUUCCCAAACCUACGAAAAGAGCAGCAUGGCAGCCGAUCCUGAGGACCAGCAACCAAAUGUCUACACCACCCUGCUCUCGCUAUAUCUGAAACCGCCGAGCCCACAUAAGGUGCAAUGGGAACCUGCGUUGCAGUUGCUGUCCAAACAUGGACCCAGACUUCCUGCUGCCAACACUUUGGACUUGAUGCCCAGUGACCUGCAAGUCAGCGAGUUAUCUUCCUACUUCCUUGGUCGCAUCCGCAGUGCCAACACUGUAUCUCUCUUCUGA